AUACAUUAAACUCAAGGUAUUUUCAGAGAGGAAACAUAAAAUUGCUACUGUUAWAUUACACCCAUUUUAUUAGAUUUCUCCUGGGUAGAUUACCUAGAACACUGGAAAAUGAACCGUUAGACAUAUUCACAGAAAAUCAUGACACUGAUGUUUAAAACUAGCUCAAUUUAACCUUCCACUGAUUCCCUAACCAGCAAUUCUCUGACUAGAUCCCUAGGGAGAAUGUAUUGAACACAGUCAAAGGGUAGAGGAGUACAGCAAGGCUAGGCAGCAGCCAAUCGGAUGCAGAGGGUCUAAAGAUCUGAUGCCUGCAGGCAAGCAGCACCAAGCUGAGCUGGUUAGUYUCCUUUGAUUGCGGAUGAACACCACAUAUAUGUCGUAAAUGCUCCUUCUGUAGGCUGCAGCCAGCAAGCAGACCCGUAGCUAAGAGAGGGAUACAUGCCCCAGCAACUCAUUCUGCACAACAGCCGGCAAGACAACGAACGAGACUCCUGUGCUGGAAUGUUCUCAUUUGAAGACACUUGGAUUGGACUUAAUCUUAAACCUCGGGAGUUCAAGACCUUUUAAAAAGGGCUAAAUAAACAACCUCUACAUGUAAAAGGCCACUGCCUCCUACUUCCUCUGUUUAGAGCAACUGUGAAACCCAGCUGACCGUAGGGCGUGAUUCUCAUUCACCAGACUCAGCAUGGAGAUCUUACAAUGAUCGAAAUCAAGAGACACUGAACGGAGAUGCUACAUAUUCCUCUCUUGCAGCAAAAGGUUUUAGAAGUGUUCGACCAAACCUGCAAGAAAAGAAAUCACCAACUCAGAGCCAGAUAACAGUGAAUGGCAACUCUGGAGGAGCUGUGAGUCCAAUGAGUUACUAUCAACGGCCGUUCUCCCCCUCGGCGUAUUCUCUCCCAGCCUCGCUCAACUCAAGCAUGAUCAUGCAGCAUGGCAGAUCCCUUGAUUCUGCAGAGACCUAUUCCCAGCAUGCACAGUCUCUGGACGGUACCACCAGCAGCUCAAUCCCCCUGUACAGAUCCUCAGAGGAAGAGAAGAGAGUGACAGUCAUCAAAGCUCCACAUUACCCGGGGAUUGGGCCAGUGGAUGAAUCCGGAAUCCCCACAGCAAUUAGAACGACAGUUGACCGACCCAAGGACUGGUACAAGACUAUGUUUAAGCAAAUCCACAUGGUGCACAAGCCUGAUGAUGACUCAGACAUGUACAAUACUCCUUACACAUAUAAUGCAGGUCUGUACCACCCAUCCUACAGCACUCARUCACAUCCUGCUGCAAAGACCCAGACCUACAGACCUCUUUCCAAAAGCCACUCUGACAACGGCACCGAUGCCUUUAAGGAUGCAUCCUCUCCCGUGCCUCCCCCACAGGUUCCACCUCCGGUCCCACCGCUCCGACCAAGAGAUCGGUCUUCAACAGAAAARCAUGACUGGGAUCCUCCAGACAGAAAAGUGGACACCAGAAAAUUUCGGUCUGAGCCAAGGAGUAUUUUCGAAUAUGAACCUGGGAAGUCAUCAAUUUUGCAGCAUGAGAGACCAGCCUCCAUAUACCAGUCUAUAGACAGAAGCCUGGAAAGGCCUGCUAGUUCUGCAAGCAUGGCCAGCGACUUCAGGAAACGGAGGAAGAGUGAGCCUGCAGUGGGUCCACCCAGGGGCUUGGGGGAGCAAAGUACAAGCAGGACCAGCCCUGGUCGGGCAGACCUCCCAGGAUCCAAUGCCACCCUUACGAAGUCUUUCAUUAGCUCUUCUCCUUCCUCCCCCUCAAGAGCAAAAGGUGGGGAUGAUAGCAAAAUGUGUCCGUCCCUUUGCAGUUACUCAGGGAUCAACGGCACCCCUUCCCCUGAGUUAGAGUACUGUAGCACUUAUAGACAGCAUUUGGACGUCCCACGGGACUCACAAAGGGCCAUCACUUUCAAGAAUGGCUGGCAGAUGGCCCGGCAAAAUGCAGAGAUCUGGAGCAGCACUGAAGAAACAGUGUCCCCCAAAAUCAAAUCCCGUAGCUGUGACGAUCUCCUCAAUGAUGACUGCGAUAGCUUCCCAGACCCCCAAACCAAGUCGGAAAGUAUGGGCUCCCUGUUAUGUGAAGAGGACUCCAAAGAGAGCUGCCCCAUGACCUGGGCUUCCCCUUACAUCCAGGAGGUCCGAGGUAAUGGCAGAUCAAGAAUCAGACACAGGGCAGCCCACAACGCCCCAGGGUUCCUAAAAAUGUACAAGAAGAUGCACCGCAUUAACCGCAAGGAUCUGAUGAAUUCAGAGGUCAUCUGCUCUGUGAAGUCGAGAAUAAUGCAGUACGAAAAGGAACAGCAACACAAGGGCUUACUCCAUGGAUGGAGCCAGUCCUCCACCGAGGAGGUGCCCAGGGACAUGGUACCCACCCGCAUUUCGGAAUUUGAAAAGUUGAUUCAAAAAUCAAAAUCCAUGCCAAAUUUAGGAGAUGAAAUGCUAUCUCCCGUCACCCUGGAACCACAGCAAAAUGGUUUGUGUCCCAAGAGGCGAUUUUCCAUCGAGUCUUUGCUGGAGGAAGAAAAUCAAAGCAGACACCCUUCUCAGGUGCAACGGAGCUACCAGUCUAAAACCCUGGUGCCAAUCCACAUCGAAGUCACCAGCGAGGAGCAACCGAGAGCUCACGUGGAAUUUUCCGACAGUGACCAAGAUGGCGUGGUGUCUGACCACAGUGACUAUAUUCAUGUAGAAGGGUCAUCCUUUUGCAGCGAAAGUGAUUUUGAUCACUUCUCGUUCACGUCCUCUGAAAGUUUCUACGGCUCCAGCCACCAUCGCCACCACCAUCACCACCACCACCAUCACAGGCACCUCAUCAGUUCCUGCAAAGGCCGAUGCCCCGCGUCCUACACGCGAUUUACCACAAUGUUAAAACACGAAAGAGCCAAACAGGAAAACAUCGAGCAGCCCAGGAGACAAGAAAUGGACCCUGGCCUGUCUAAACUUGCAUUUCUAGUCAGCCCUGUGCCUUUCCGGAGGAAAAAGAAUGUGACUCCCAAAAAACAGACUGAAAAAACAAAAUGUAAGGCUUCUGUGUUCGAGGCUCUGGACUCCGCCCUUCAAGACAUCUGUGACCAAAUCAAAGCUGAGAAGAGGAGAGGAAGUUUGCCAGACAACAGUAUAUUGCACCGUCUUAUCAGUGAGCUGCUGCCAGAUAUUCCUGAAAGGAAUUCAUCCCUCCGAGCUCUGAAAMGGAGCCCCACGCACCAGCCUUUCCACCCACUGCCUCAAGAUGGUGCUAUUCAUUGUCCCCUGUACCAGAACGAUUGUAGGAGAAUGCCUCACAGUGCCUCUUUCCCAGACGUGGACAUCACCAACAGCUACCACCAGGACCCCGAGAGUGCACUGAGUCUCCAAGACCGCGAGUCUCCCAGAAGUUACUCAUCCACUUUGACUGACUUGGGGAGAAGUACGCCAAGAGAAAGAAGAGCAACUCCAGAAAAAGAGAAAUUGCCUGCUAAAGCUGUUUAUGAUUUUAAGGCUCAGACAUCUAAGGAGUUGUCAUUUAAGAAAGGAGAUACUGUCUACAUCCUCAGGAAAAUUGAUCAAAAUUGGUAUGAGGGAGAGCACCAUGGAAGAGUGGGCAUUUUUCCAAUCUCAUAUGUGGAGAAACUCAUACCUCCUGAAAAAGCACAGCCUGCAAGACCACCACCCCCAGCCCAGCCAGGAGAGAUUGGAGAAGCUAUAGCCAAAUACAAUUUCAAUGCAGACACCAACGUGGAGCUCUCGCUGAGAAAGGGAGAUAGAAUUAUUCUUCUUAAAAGAGUUGAUCAAAACUGGUAUGAAGGUAAAAUUCCAGGAACCAACAGACAAGGCAUCUUCCCUGUUUCCUAUGUAGAAGUCAUCAAGAAGAAUACAAAAGGUGCUGAGGAAUACCCUGACCCUCCAAUACCCCACAGCUAUUCUAGUGAUAGAAUCCACAGCUUAAGUUCCAAUAAGCCACAGCGUCCUGUGUUUACUCAUGAAAACAUUCAAGGUGGGGGGGAACCGUUUCAGGCUCUGUAUAACUAUACUCCUAGGAAUGAAGAUGAGCUGGAACUCAGAGAAAGUGAUGUCAUUGAUGUGAUGGAAAAAUGUGACGAUGGAUGGUUUGUAGGAACCUCAAGAAGAACCAAAUUCUUUGGUACUUUCCCCGGAAACUAUGUCAAGAGGCUGUGAAUCACUCUCCCUCCUUAUUUAUGCCGCAUUUCAGCAACACAUCUGCAUAAAACUUGCCUGAGACAUCCCUGAAGGCCUCUCGUUGUCAUGCCUUACAGUUUCCAAUACGCCAUCACCAUCCCCACCUGCCACCACCAAACCACCAGCAGAGUAACUGCCACUGUGAGCCUUGGGGGGAGGUGGCAGACUUACAUCCAUGUGAAAGUGUAUAUUCCUGCUUUCUGCCCUAAACUUUGAAAUGUCAAUGUGUGGGAUCAGAAAGAAAAUCGUUUUUCUUAGAAAAGGUAAAAUAUUGAAGCCAAAAAGAAAGUGUCUCCAGGAUGCUCUCUGGUCUCAGUUGUACUUGGAAAUUUCUGAAAGAUGGUCUCCCCUGGGGCAACCAGAAGAUUGCUUAUUCCUAAAUGCUGUGGUUUGUAUUUUCACAUUCUUAGAUUGGCAUUCUAUUUUCCUUUCACAAGUUUGCCUAGUGUCCUGGUUUACACUAUAUGACAACUGUACUUCAGCUAUCGUUUGCCUGCACUUAUAUGUUGUUAUAUGCACAGUGACUAUAAAAUCUAAAGCAAGAGUAGGAAAGUUAAUUUGGAUGGGUGUGAUUUUGUUGAUUGAAUGUAAGUUUUCAAAUAGGAGUCUUUUCCUGCAAUUUUUUUUUUGUACUUUUUAGAAGUGCAAACAGUGAGUGAAUAAGAGCCUUUGGUAAUUAUCAUGAGAAUACAAGAGGAUUAGCUAGGCUAAAAGAAAAAAAAAACAUUGUGUUGUAAAGUUGCAUUGCUAUUUUAUAUUAAAAUGUAAUCAUCAGCAUCAUGAACAAUGAGCUCUUAGUGUUUUAUUUAUCUGAUAAAAUUUAAAUGAAAGCAGUGUUAGAGGUACAAAGAACUAUUCUAAUAUAGACACUUGAAAGUAUCUGUAAGCAAUAUUAGUAGGUAAGAUUUCACUGUGUGUACACAGGCGCAUUUGAGAUUGUAUGAGAACAUAUAAUCCAUAUGAUAUGUUGUACAUUUUAUGGAAAUGUAAAAGAAUCCCACAUAUUAUUUUAUAGAGAUAGAGUACUUCAGAAGCAUCACAAGUAUUAAGGCUGGUUUUAGCAAGGAUUAUGAUCAAUACAAUUAUUUUUACUAUAGUAAUUAUUUUUCUUCAGUGGAACCCAGAAUCCUGGCUAUAUUUGAGAACAGGAAUAUGUUGAGCCUGAUUUUCCUGGUAUGUGUAAAAUACUUCCUAGGAAUAAAUUAGGCACUUUUUAGAGACAAUGUUAAAUCAUUCAGGUAAUAUUUUUGCCCUAAAUUUGCAAAAUUACAUUGGACCUGAAAGAUUUAAUAGGGUUAACAGUGCCUGAAUUACACAUACCCUGAGAACUAGCUUUGUAUUUCUUAUGACUUUGCAUARGAACUAUUCAUCUUUGGAUCUUGAGCACCUUAUAAACAAAACUUUUUAUGGCAUUUCUUCCGUGGACAAUGAUUGAUCUUUUCACAAUACAUAGACUCUUGAAUUUUGUACAUAUGUUUGUUCUUUUUUUGUACAGACUAUUUAGUCAUUGAGAAAGCAGGGAGAUUUCCUAAUCUGAUCUUUAUCCUGCACUUAAACUUUGCUAAAACACUUUCAGCAGAAUACCCUUUACCUAUCUCACAGAUCACACCCCUUGAUAGUGUGAUUCUGUAAGGUAGCACUUAUGCAAAACUUUAUGAGUUUAAAAGAUCUUAGCAGCCAAAUUGAAAUGUACAUAAAUAAUGAUUACAGAGGAAUUUCUUUAGGAAGAAAGUAAAGAAGCAUUUUUGAGUAGACCACCUUGAUUACCAUCAAGUUCACAAUCAGCUUUAUACUUUAAAGGUUUGGGGUUUGAAAUUAAGUCAACUGCAUGCAGAUUUGCUGAUAAAUGAAUAAUUCUCUUUGAUGCCAUUUAUGAGAGAAGACUUCAAUAUCUGUUGCCUGUCAUAUUUAAAAAAAAAGUACUGUUUCUACUCUGUAUCUGAUUUUAAAAGGAAAAAUAUUCAUACCUGGAUUUCAGGUAAUUGACUUUGAAUUCUUACAAGCAGAGGUCAUUGUGUUUUUCUUGAGUAGACAUCUAAUAAAUUUUGCUUGGAAGUAUA